UCACCGGCGGUAACCGUUAGUUGACUAAAAUAAUUUAACUAAAGUUAAUCAACAUCAAUUAAUAGCUGUCUCUGCGAGGGAAAUAAAUUCAAUGGAGUUUAAAGCCAAUUUAUUCGAUCUGAGUGAAACUGAAUGAUGGAGAUUAUAUUCCGAAUUGAGUAUUGAAUCUCAAGUGAAUAGUUUAAAGAAUAUCAAAACUGAAAGAACUAAAGAAACAGCCACGGUUAAUGCGUUACAUUUACCAAAAAAAUUAGUUUGCGACAAUGGGUUCGGAAACAUGUGUAAUCCAGGUUACCAACAUCGCUCCGAGUGUAACUUUGGAGCAAAUGACAACACUUUUUGGUUUCAUUGGGCAAAUCAAAGAAAUUCAAAUGUACCCUAAAAACGAUUUAUCUUCUAAUCAAGGUUCUAAGGUUUGUUACUUACGAUAUGCUGAACCUUGGUGCACUGGAGUUGCACAACAUCUGACCAAUACAGUUUUCAUUGAUCGUGCUCUGAUCGUUUUACCAGUUAGUGAUGAUAAAAUACCAGAUGAAACUACAGCAUUAAGUCUUACAUCAAAUGCUGGUCUUGGGGGCUCAAAUUCUGGUAUUGUUAGUCAAGUAGUUCUCGGUGUCAAAGGAGAACAAAUCAUUACUACUAUUGACCCCCGAUUAACUGCUCUUGGUCUUCCUCAAUACCCACCAUUACCUGCCAAUAUGGAUCCAUCAAAAAUAGAAGAGAUUCGUAGAACAGUAUAUGUUGGUAACUUAGAUUCAUCUAUUACUGCUGAACAACUUUUAACAUUUUUUAAUCGUCUUGGAGAAGUAAAGUAUGUUCGAAUGGCUGGUGAUGAAGCACAACCAACUAGAUUUGCUUUUGUCGAAUUCACCGAACAAUCAUCAGUGGCCAAUGCUUUACAAUAUAAUGGUGUUAUACUCGGAGGUAGAGCGCUUAAAAUUAAUCAUUCAAACAAUGCUAUAGUAAAACCUCAAGCAAAAAGCAAUGAAGCCGCUCAGAAGGAAAUUGAAGAAGCCAUGAAAAGAGUACGAGAAGCUCAAUCAUUGAUCUCAGCCGCAAUUGAGCCAACUUACAAUGUUAAACUGGAAAAAAUGGAAUUGGACGAGAAGAAACCUGAAACAACUGAAAAAUCUAGGUCACGCUCUCGUUCGAAAUCCAAAACGCGAGAUCGCAGUGGUUCUCGCUCGAGAAAUAGAAGAUCUCGCAGUAGAAACCGAAGAUCUAAAUCGAGGGAGAGAUCUCGUCGAUCAUGGCGAUCAAGGUCCAGAGAUAAAAAACGUUCUAAAUCAAGGGAUCGAAGGCGUUCUAGAUCUAGAGAUAGGCGAUCAAGAUCUGCAUCUAGAGAUCGAAGGCAUCGUCGGCGAGGGAGUGACCGUGAAAGAUCUCGUAGAAAAAGUAAAGACCGUGAUUCUCAUUAUUCAAGGGAUCGUGACCGAGAGAGAGAUCGGGACAGAGACAGGAAACGUUCUAGUAGAGACAGAGAUCGACCAGAAAAAACUAAAGACAAAGAACGGGAUAGGAACGGGGAACGUGAUAGAGACAAAGACAGGGGUCGAGAUAGAGACCGAGAUCGUGACCGAGAUCGGGAUAGAGAGCGCGAUAGGAAUCGUGAUAAGGAUCGUGAUCGUGAUGGUGAUCGCGACCGUGAAAAGGAUAAAGAUCGAGAUAAAGACAAAGAAAAAUCUCGUCACCGAAGUCGUAGUAGAUCUUGUAGUAAACCUAAAAAAAUAGUUGAUGAAUUGGAGAAAGAAAGAAGGAAAGAGCGUUUACUGAAAGACGAAAGACGAGUAACUCCACAAAAAGCAGUUACACCCACAAAAGAAAGACAUAGUCCACCAGAAAAUGACCACUCGGAGAACUCCCGAAGCUCUUAUGAUAAAGAAGAAUGUCCAAGUCAAGCAGGCAGUGAAAGCUCAUGUAAAAACUGUGGAAGUUCAGCCAGUGAAGAGCAACCUAUGGAAGGACCAGCUUUGCCUCCUGAAUAUACUGGAGCACAAUGGUGAUCUUGGUUAGAUCAGUGCAUUUUGUAAAUUACUUACAUCUCACAUCCAACUUUUCUUGCUUCGUCCAAAAACAAGAAAUGUCAAAUUUACUUUAACGUAACUCUGUGACCAUUCAUUUUGUUUCGAAAGCGAAAAAUACAUCCCUUGAAGGUCUUGUCAUGAGAUCCUCAAAAACACUCUAUA